GGGUAGAAUGAGGGGCUGAAGUGAGGUCACUGAAAGCAGGGCACUGUGAGCAGGACAGAAAGUUCACAAGUGUUGCUGUAGUCCACUUGGGUUAAAUAACAAGUAACCCCAAACCUCCUUGCCUUGCCAUUCGGACUUCUUGCUCACUGAUGCUGUGUGUCAGAUCUCUGCCUGGCAGAUUAACCAAAGGCAAGGAGGACUGAUCCUGUCCCCGUUCUGAAGUGCUGCCGUUCACGAGACUUCUGUGGCAGACUGUAGGCCCCAGCCCACUGUGCUGUCCUGCUCACCCCAGACAUCUUUCUGGGGUCCACUUGUUGUCAACAGUGUGAAGAUGAGCAGCACCCUCUUAGCAUGACGACCUUGGACCAUGUCAUCGCUACCCACCAGUCAGAGUGGGUCUCCUUCAGUGAAGAGCCAUUGUUCCCCACCCCUUCAGAGGGGUGCACUGAGGAGCACUUCCCAGGAUUGUCAUCUUCCUCUGACCAGUCUGAGAGCUCCUCUGCGGAGAAUCACGUGGUGGAUGAAGGCUCCCAGGACCUUUCACACUCUGAGCAGGAUGACUCCUCUGAGAAGAUGGGCCUCAUCUCUGAAGCAGCCUCCCCUCCCGGGAGCCCAGUGCAGCCCACACCUGAUCUGGCCUCAGCCAUCAGCAGCUGGGUCCGGUUUGAGGACGACACACCCUGGAGCAACACUUCACCACCUCACCAGGAAACAGCCGUCACAUUGACCAUACCCUGCUGGACAUGCCCUUCCUUCGACUCUUUGAGAAGAUGCCCUUUGACAUCUGAGAGCAGUUGGACCACCCACUCCGAGGACACCAGCAGUCCUAGUGUCGCUCCCUCAUCCACAGACCUGCAGCUCAUCAACACUGAGGAGCAGGCAAGCGGCAGGGCUUCCGGAACCGACUCCACUGACGAGAGGUCUGAGUGGCAGACAGGCAGACAGGCAGGCAGACAGCUGCGUGUCGGGUUGAAGCAUACACGGAGCACAUCUCUGCCCGCACCCCACCACCUGGACCCCUCACAGCCACCACCUUCUUGAACCGGGAGGAGCCACAGCCCGGGCCACGGUUCCCAGAGGGAAUCUGCUCACAGUCACAAUUCCUCCUCCCUCCAGGAAGAUGAAGAAGUAGAGAUGGAGGCUGUCAGUUGGCAGGCGGGCAGUUCAGCCAUGAAUGGGCACCCUGCCAGUCCACCAGGGACCACAGCUCGGUUCCCCAGCUGGGUUACUUUUGAUGACAAUGAAGUUGGCUGCCCUUUGCCACCAGUCACGUCUCCAGUGAAGCCAACCGCUCCAUCUGUUACAACUGCCAACCCAGAUGUGCCACACAACUCAACUGGGUCGUUUAAGAGAGACCGUCCCAAGAGCACAUUGAUGAACUUCUCCAAAGUUCAGAAGCUGGACAUUUCCUCCUUAAACCGUCCGCCUUCUGUAAUCGAGGCCCCACCCUGGAGGGCUACCAAUCCUUUCCUGAAUGAGACUCUACAGGACGUACAACCCUCCCCUAUCAACCCGUUCAGUGCUUUUUUUGAAGAGCAGGAACGACGCUCCCAAAACAGUUCUAUUUCCAGCACCAUGGGCAAAAGCCAAAGAGAUUCUCUCAUUGUCGUCUACCAGGAUGCCAUCAGUUUUGAUGACUCAGGCAAAAGCCAGUCCCAGCCUGAUGCUAUUGAAAAGCUCAAACAACUCCAACUCGACGAUCCUGAUCACGUUGGCAGUGCGGCCCUGCCUGAUGACGACCCCACAUCCUGGGUUGAGCUAGAUGCUCACUCACCUGCCUCAGCUCUGUCUCGGCCCAGGGAUGGAUGGCCAAUGAUGCUGAGAAUCCCCGAGAAGAAAAACAUCAUGUCCUCUAGGCACUGGGGACCAAUCUACAUCAAGCUCACGGAAGCUGGUUACCUGCAGCUUUAUUAUGAGCAAGGCCUAGAAAAACCAUUCCGUGAAUUCAAGCUGGAGAUCUGCCACGAGGUUUCCGAGCCCCGGCUCCAGAACUAUGACGAGAAUGGCAGGAUCCACAGCUUGAGAAUAGACCGUGUCACUUACAAGGAGAAGAAGAAAUACCAGCCCAAACCCGCUGUGGCCCACACAGCAGAGAGGGAACAGGUGAUUAAGCUGGGCACCACCAACUACGAUGACUUCCUGAGUUUCAUCCAUGCGGUUCAGGACCGUCUCAUGGAUUUACCGGUGCUGUCAAUGGACCUGAGCACAGUUGGCUUAAACUACCUCGAAGAGGAGAUUACUGUGGACGUCAGAGAUGAGUUCUCGGGCACGGUGAGCAAAGGAGACAACCAGGUCCUACAGCACCGUGUCUUGACACGGAUCCACAUUCUGACUUUCCUCUCUGGGCUCGCCGAGUGCCGCCUGGGCCUCAACGACAUCCUUAUCAAAGGGAAUGAAAUUGUUUCGCGGCAGGACAUCAUGCCCACCACCACCACGAAGUGGAUUAAGCUCCACGAGUGCCGUUUCCAUGGCUGUGUGGAUGAGGACGUGUUUAACAGCUCCCGGGUUAUUCUGUUCAACCCACUGGACGCCUGCCGCUUCGAGCUGAUGAGGUUUAGGACCGUGUUUGCAGAGAAGACCUUGCCCUUUACACUUAGGACGGCAGCGAGCAUCAAUGGGGCAGAAGUGGAGGUGCAGAGCUGGCUGAGGAUGUCUCCGGGCUUCUCUUCGAACCGUGACCCUCUCACUCAGGUUCCCUGUGAGAACAUAAUGGUCCGCUACCCAGUGCCCAGUGAGUGGGUGAAAAACUUCCGCAGGGAAAGUGUUCUAGGGGAAAAGUCUCUGAAAGCCAAAGUGAACCGGGGGGCAAGUUUUGGCUCUGCUGGGGUCUCUGGCUCUGAGCCUGUCAUGAGAGUAACUCUGGGGACUGCCAAGUACGAGCAUGCCUUCAACGCCAUUGUGUGGAGGAUAACCCGGCUGCCAGACAAGAACUCCGCUUCUGGUCACCCACACUGUUUCUUUUGCCACCUCGAACUUGGCUCUGACCGGGAAGUGCCUUCCAGAUUUGCCAAUUAUGUAAAUGUGGAGUUCAGCAUGCCCACGACUUCUGCCUCCAAAGCAGCUGUGAGAUCCAUCUCUGUGGAAGACAAGCCUGACGUCAGGAAGUGGGUCAAUUACUCUGCACACUACAGCUACAAGGUGGAAAUUGAACAAAAAAAGAGUUUGAAGCCAGACUUUGAAGGGGAGGACUUGGAAAAUCCAAAGGAAUGUGGGGUACAGUGACAGGGGCCCACCUGUAAAGAACUGAGGAACGCUGACUCACGAAUAACUCAAGGUUCAGUCAACACCUGCUGAGGCUGCUCCACGUUGAGGGCAAUCUCCACUUUCCUCUGUGUGACAGGAUAUCCUGAGGGGGCUGCAUCCAAUAGGCUCCUUGACUCUGAGCAUGCCUGCAGCGCGUGGUGCACACGGCUUUUGGAGUUUAUUGUGUAUUGAGCCUCCUUGUCUCUUUUCUGCUUAUAUCAUGGCACCAGGAUGUGGUUUGUAAUGACCAUUAGAGACCUGAGAAGAACCUCCAACAUCAGUGGUAGCACUAUUGGCUUCCAA